AUGGCUUCCAACGACUCGAGACUUGUCACUGAGAUAUGGGACAACAUCUGUUCCUUCCUCACACCACCGACCCUCUCAAACCUUCGCCUCACGUCUCACAGACUCAAUGGUAUCGCACGGCCAUGGAAAUUCAGGAGCCUACGCCUCGAAGCAUUCAAUCCACCAUCUAUUGAGCGAUUUAUCCAAAUCGCCAAGACCCCCGAACUACGAGGUUUAGUUCGAGAAAUCACUAUCGACACGCGCAUUGAGUUUGACUUUGAAUACCUCUGCAACGAGUCAUACAUCUUCCCCCUAGCCUUCAUGAACGCUCUCCCUCACUUACGAUGCUUCACCAACGUGACAGCGCUUCACAUUCGCUUUGAAGAGCACUGCGGCCAAGAUGACCGGUACUAUCAAACAAUCGAGGAAACCUUUGAGUUGCGAUAUCGCGUGCUUGAUACUAUCCUCCACUGCGCUGCGGGGCUGUGGACGCUGGAGAAGCAAAUCAAGAUUGAUCAGGUUAUGGAGGGAUAUAUCUAUCUCAAUGAGGACGAGGAUGAGAGGUUUGACUAUAGCGAUCAAGAUCUUGAGUUUGCCCACGAUAAGCCGUUCCCACUGAAGGAGUUGACGAUUACGCAUCUUGCGGAUUAUGAUGAUCCCAAUCUUGCUUCGUCUGAGGCCUGGAAGACGAUCAUCUCUCUACCAAGUCUCGUCGACCUAAGGCUUUUUGUCACAACAGAAGAGUGCGACGCAUCACCUGAGAGCACGAUUCACUAUAUUGAGAAGUACGAUUUCUUCGGCAACAUCCACAACACAUGGCUGUCCCCUAGCAUUGCGGAUCAUUUACGCGUACUGUCGUUAUACUUUAAAGAUUACUGGGGUUGGUUUCCCAUCAUGGACUUUCGAAACAUUGGCGAGGACACUCCAUUUCCUCACCUCAAAGUUCUUGCGCUGGGGAAUUACGUCUUUACUCAUGAGUGGCAGAUUGAGUGGUUUGGCAACCUCGGCAAGGAGAACGGCAGUGGAGGUCUUGAGGAGCUGUAUCUUGAUGAUUGUCCCAUCCUGUAUCAUGCGCUUCAACUUCGUAUAGGAAAUGAUGGGUAUGCUGACCACACAGCUCAUACAGCGCAAGGAGGUACAGGACGAGGAUGGAACCCUAUCAAGCGCGAUUUUCCCAUCCGAUGGCAUCAGAUCCUUUCUCAGUGGAAGGAUUCGAUGAAGGGGCUGAAGACACUCCGAGUUGGUCAUGGAUGCUGGUGGGAAUGUCCCAAAGAUACUCGCCAGGCGAUUCUACUAGACCCUGAUUACAAAGACAUCGACCUGCAAGCUAUGGAUCAUCGCCUCACGCGAAACCUGCACCGAGACUUUGCUUGUCCUCCCCCAACGGAAGAGGAAUACUGGGAUGGGCAGAAUACCUUUGUGUCUGAGAAGCAUAGAUAUGGAACGGGGAUCAGUAACGAGAGAAAGGUUCGGAUGCAGUACAUUGAGUACAAUUGCGGUCUCGGUCCGUCGCCGUGGUUGGAGAAGAAUUCGCGGUAUCGUGGUGACGAGAAGGGGUUUGAGCCAGAGAAGGGGACGCUGGAGAAGGAUAAUGCUGCGUGGGAUAUGAUCAUGGCCGCUACUCUAGCGAGGCGACAAGGCAGACUUGGUUAA